CAUACUUUUUUGCACCACUUACCUUGGGUUGCAGAGAUGGGAGACAACCAACGCCAAGUCUUCGAUGUUUCAAUGGCUAUCCCUUCUCACAAUGUCUCCGAAUGUGUCGAUGACGAUGGUCGUCUCAAACGAACCGGAACUAUAUGUACCGCAACUGCACACAUAAUAACAGCAGUGAUUGGGUCAGGAGUUCUUUCUUUAGCUUGGGCUAUUGCUCAACUCGGCUGGAUUGCUGGUCCUGCUGUAAUGUUGUUGUUUUCCUUUGUCACUUACUACACUUCUUCUCUCCUCACUGACUGUUAUCGGACCGGCGACCCCGUCUCCGGCAAACGCAACUAUACUUACACUGAUGCCGUUCGCUCCAUUCUCGGUGGAUACAAAGUGAAGGCAUGCGGUUUGAUUCAGUAUCUUAAUCUUUUUGGCAUUUCCAUUGGAUAUACAAUCGCAGCAUCGAUAAGCAUGAUGGCAAUAAAAAGGUCUAAUUGUUUCCACGAGAGUGGUGGGAAGAACCCAUGUCAUAUGUCCAGCAAUCCGUACAUGAUCAUGUUCGGUGUCACUGAGAUUUUACUUUCACAAAUCCCAGAUUUCGAUCAGAUAUGGUGGCUCUCGAUCGUCGCUGCGGUCAUGUCAUUUACCUAUUCCGGUAUCGGUCUUGGUCUUGGAAUCGCCAAAGUUGCAGCCACCGGCACAUUUAAAGGCAGUCUUACUGGAAUAAGCAUUGGAACAGUAACACAAGCACAAAAGAUAUGGAGAAGCUUACAAGCCAUUGGUGACAUUGCUUUCGCAUAUUCAUUUUCCGUCAUUCUUAUCGAAAUUCAAGACACAGUCAAAUCCCCACCAGAAGAAGCAAAGACAAUGAAGAAGGCAACCAAACUAAGCAUUGCAGUAACAACAGUUUUCUACAUGUUAUGUGGCAGCAUGGGCUACGCAUCCUUUGGAGACUUUGCACCUGGUAAUCUCCUUACAGGUUUUGGUUUCUUUAACCCUUUUUGGCUUCUUGAUAUUGCCAAUGCUGCUAUAAUAAUCCACUUGGUGGGAGCAUACCAAGUGUUUUGCCAACCCAUUUUUGCAUUCAUCGAGAAAUGGGCAACCCAAAGAUGGCCUGAAAGCUACUUCAUUACCAAAGAGUUCAAAAUCCCAGUCCCUGGUUAUCGUCAUCCUUACAAGCUCAACAUGUUUAGACUGGUUUGGAGAACGGGGUUUGUGAUGUUAACCACUGUUAUAUCCAUGUUGCUUCCUUUCUUUAAUGACGUUGUGGGGAUCCUUGGGGCACUUGGGUUUUGGCCUUUGACGGUGUAUUUUCCGGUGGAGAUGUAUAUUCAACAGAAGAAGAUAAGCAAGUGGAGCAGUCGGUGGAUUUGUUUGAAGAUGCUAAGCAUGGCUUGCUUGAUGAUUUCGAUUGUGGCUGGUGCUGGCUCGAUUGUUGGUGUCAUUCUUGACCUUAAGGUUUACAAGCCAUUUAAGACUACCUACUAAGCAUUUGUUUCCACUUUGUCGUCGGAAAAUCAAAAUCAAGAAAAAAGUGCCGGCGCGGCGGCGGUGGAGACUGUGGUCCAUUAUAGAUAAAAGCUUUGCAUUCGUUUCGCAGUUUCAGUGGUUACUUGAUGUUAGAGAAAGCAAAUACUUUUGUAAAUUACCGUGCUUGGAUUUUAAAUUGUGGUAAUAAAUGCGUAUCCUUUUUCUUUUGAA